UUUCAAUACGAUCCGGCAGCUUAUCUCUUUCGAUUCACCAACUGCCGGCGUGAAAUUUUCUUCUGGGGGUUUCUCUAGUUCAGGAGAAGAAGGCGAUUAAAGCCGUCGGCAACCUGGUCCGAGCAUCUGGAAUCCAACAUCAUCAUUUCUCUUCAACAACUACUCAAACGAGAGUCAGGAGAAGCCAUAUAUUGACGGAGUUGGAUAUACAUUUGGUUUAUCUCAUGUUUGCUCAGAAGCUAAUCAAUGGCAGUAGUAUGCAGAAAUCCUUGCCUUUGCUUCACCCUCUUCGGAAUUUUUCGCUCUGGUCUAUGAAGAAGGACCCUGAUCUUGAAGCUGCUCUAUCUAGAAACCGUAGAUGGAUUGUCAACAAUCAAAUAAAGAACAUGAUUCUAAGAUGUCCGGGCCAAGCUGCCUCUGUCAAAUAUCUGCAGAAGAGGUUCAGGACUCUUGAUCUUCAAGGUAAAGCCGUCAAUUGGCUCAAGAAAUACCCUUGUUGUUUCGAUGUCUAUCUACAGAAUGAUGAGUACUACUGUCGAUUGACUAAGAGGAUGCUGUCAUUAGUGGAGGAGGAAGAAUCUGUUAAAGAUAUGCAGGAGCCCUUUUAUGUCGAGCGGCUAGCCAAGUUGUUGAUGAUGAGCACUAACCAGAGGAUCAAUGUUGUCAAACUUAACGAGCUGAGAAGAAAUUUGGGGUUUCCAGAUGAUUACAUAAUUAGAAUUCUCCCCAGAUACCCGGACAUGUUUCGACUUGUCAACCACACUGGGAGAAAGAGUUCAAUGGAGAUUGAACUUUUAUCAUGGAACCCAGACUUUGCAGUUUCUGCUGUGGAAACCUCAGCAUUGGAGAGAGGUUGCAGCCCUUGUUUUUCAUGUUCUCUGCCUUCAUCUUGGGUUCAAUCAUGGGAAAGAUUUCAUGAAUUCAAUGCCAUCCCGUAUGUGUCACCUUACGAUCGUGCCAGGGGAUUGGUCGAAGGUGCUAAGGAGACGGAGAAACGAACUGUGGGUUUGGUACACGAAUUGCUCUCGCUGACUUUGUGGAAGAAGAUGUCAAUCGUUAAGCUGGGGCACUUCAAAAAAGAGUUCAGUUUACCAGACAAAUUGAAUGUUCUGUUGUUAAAGCAUCCUGGCAUAUUCUAUGUGUCCAACAAGUACCAGAUAUACACGGUUCUUCUGAAAGAUGCAUAUAAUGGCUCGGAACUAAAAGAGAUGGAUCCUCUUGUUGUUGUUAAGGGGAAAUUUGGUGAGUUGAUGCAAGAAGGACUUCAUGAGUAUAACCAGCGACACUAUUUAAUGAAUUUAGAGAAACAGAAGAAGAAUGGUUUUGUUGCUGCAAGGUCUGGGAAAAAGAAGGAUAGAAGUACUGAAUCAUCAGAACAAGAUAGAGAUAAGGUUAGUGGUUUGUUCAACCCUGAAGAAAGAAAAAGGUUUUAUAAGGUUCUUUUUGAUGAUGCUGGCCCAUGA